AUGGCCAUCUCGUUUCUGAACUUCUUCAUUGGGCCUCUAUAUGCUGUUAUCACAAUCACCGCAAAGCUGCUGCCGAAGGGCCUCCAUGUCAUUGCUAUUGGAUUUGCCCUCGCUCUUGGGGGCGCUGGAGGCACGUCAGCUGGCGUUUGGGUUCUGCAGCCCAUCGUACUAGGUCUGUUUGUGUUUCAAGCUAUUGAUUGGCUUCUAUUCCUGAAGAUCCAGAAGAAUUAG